AUGUUCAAGCUCAAGCACCGUCGACUCGCUCUGCUUGCGACUCGCCCAACCACGUCAUGGUUCGUCGUAGCGCCUGGUGCAGCCCACGAGCCCGGCCUUCUUGCGUACCAUCCCGUCGCCGUGCGCCAUCGUGGUCUCCAAUCGGCGCUCCCACCCACGCGACGGCCGUCCCUCGAACCUCACCGUCGGCGAGUCGUCGAGCUCUGCCUGAGGCCAUGUGCCAUGUCUUGGAAUGCCCUUGCGCAUCGUCAACACCGAGUUCCCAAGCUUCCUUCAAGACCUCGCACAUCGUACUGCGUUGGACUAGCACUUCGCACUGCUGCGGUGGUCCGCGCUCUACCACAGUUGCAGAUCUCUGCCUGCUCAUCGGGGCCGCUCUGUACGCUCCCAUCAUCCUCGAUCAAGGCCGCGAACUACACCUUCAACGUCGUCCUGGCUCGUGUCAACAUCCAGCUCUGCUUCGAGUUCCAUUCGCACAUGAGCGCCGUCCUUCGCGAUCUCUCAACGCUCGGUCGCGGCCGUGUCCCGCGCCUUGCAACCGUCCUGGCCGGUCCCGCUGCGGACUGCUCCACACGCACUUGA